AUGGAAAUGGCGAAUUCAUGUCAGGAUUGCUCAAUGCUCCACUCUUCCAAUGUAGCUUCCGUUUCUGAUGAAGAGGAACAACCUCAACCCAUUCUUACUCGUGCCACUGAACUCACCAUUUCCUUUCAAGGCCACGUCUAUGUUUUCCCUUCCGUUACGCCACAAAAGGUUCAGGCUGUACUGUUACUCUUAGAAGGGCAUGAAACACCCAAUACUGUCCCCACCUCUCACUUUUUGGUGCACCAAAACUAUCAGGACAUUUGGGGAAUAAAUGAUACUUCGCGUAAUUCAAAGCAUUCGCGGAGAUUUGCGUCACUGAUUAGGUUCCGUGAGAAACGAAAAGAUAGAUGUUUUGAGAAGAAAAUUCGGUAUACUUGCCGUAAAGAGGUUGCUGCAAGGAUGUUACGGAAGAAUGGGCAGUUUACAUCAUUGAAGGAAGAGUACGGUUCUCAUGCUGAAAACCAGGAUUCUAACAAUGGUACACCUUGUGCAAAAUCUACUGAGCAUAGAUGUCAGCAUUGUGGAAUUGGUGAGAAGUCUACUCCAGUAAUGCGUCGAGGACCAUCUGGUCCAAGAUCUCUAUGCAAUGCUUGUGGGAUCAUGUGGGCAAAUAAGGGAACUCUGAGAGAUCUCCACAAAUCAGGAAGGAUUGCUUUUGAACAGAAUGAACUGGAUACUUCAGCUGCAGAGCCAGAAAAUUCAUGUGCUGCGCAGGACAAGGAGGAAAGCCCCCGGGAAGCAAAGCCCGUGUCAAUGGAUGCCAUACAGUCACCUGAGAUGAUAGACGAACAGUAUGUGCUCGAAUCUGCUGAAGCAGUUAUUGACAACUUGUCCAUCCAAGUGGAGAACAAUGCUCUUGAUCUGCAUGAGCAGGACAAAACUAUGGAGGAUCUUGCUGAUGCUUCUGGGAUCGAAUUUGAGAUCCCUGCAGGUUUUGAUUAUCAGGUUGAUAUUGAUGAUCCCAACAUGAGGACUUACUGGUUGUGA